CCGGCGGCGGAGGGGCGCCCGUGCGGUCCCGUCUGGCGGACUCCUUCGUUCUCCCUCCCUCAGGCCGGGGCCGCGAGCGGGGCAGCGGGGCGGAGGGCCGGGGGGCUGGGCCGGGCCGCGGGCCCCGGGCGAGGUGGCGGGCCGCGGGGCGCGCGAGCCGCAUGUGUGGAUGGAGCCGGGCUCCGGGCUGCUGCCGCGGCGGGGGCCGGGGCUGGGCUCGGCGGGGGGCUCGCCGGCGCUCUCGGGGCCUCAGGCCCGCCGCAGGAAGCAGCCGCCGCGCCCGGCCGACUUCAAGCUGCAGGUGAUCAUCAUCGGCUCGCGGGGCGUCGGCAAGACCAGCCUCAUGGAGCGCUUCACCGACGACACCUUCUGCGAGGCCUGCAAGUCCACCGUAGGUGUUGAUUUUAAAAUCAAAACGGUAGAGCUAAGAGGAAAGAAAAUUAGAUUACAAAUCUGGGACACAGCAGGUCAGGAAAGAUUCAACAGCAUUACCUCAGCUUACUACAGAAGUGCCAAGGGAAUUAUAUUGGUGUACGAUAUCACAAAGAAGGAGACGUUCGAUGAUUUGCCAAAGUGGAUGAAAAUGAUCGAUAAGUAUGCCUCAGAAGAUGCAGAGCUGCUACUGGUUGGAAAUAAGUUAGACUGUGAAGUGGACAGAGAGAUCAGUCGGCAACAGGGAGAAAAAUUUGCACAGCAGAUAACUGGGAUGCGUUUUUGUGAAGCUAGUGCCAAGGACAAUUUUAAUGUCGAUGAAAUAUUUCUGAAACUAGUUGACGACAUCCUAAAAAAGAUGCCUUUGGACAUUAUGCGGAAUGAAUUGUCCAACAGUAUCCUGUCCCUGCAACCAGAACCGGAAAUCCCACCAGAACUGCCUCCUCCGAGACCUCACGUCCGUUGUUGCUAACUUGCUGCUUCGUCCAGAGUGGAAGUGGGGAGUUGGAAGAGUGCCGGACCUACUCUGCACUACAAUCACAUGGCAGUUCUUUGUUGCACUUUGAUCCCGAGUCAGAGCUACACACUAAUUUGUAAAUAUGCAAAUAUGCAAACCUGGGUAGGAUUCAGCUGUAAGCGGUUCAAUACGGCUCUUCCCACAAGUGGGUUUUUCACACUUCUUUCCCAGCACUAUAAAUAUUGUACAUUUGGCUGGAAAAUACAACACUCCCAAACCUAGGCUGUAAGGAAUUAAAAGCAUACUUACUUAUUCUGAACAUAAAUGUUGUAAUAGUCCUUGAUAUCAACAAAAUCUCUUCUAGUAUAUGGUGCUUUGCCAGCUUUUUAAAAAAAGAUUAUUUUUUAAAAUUAGACAAAUUUAUAAAGCUUUCUUGAGCAGUAUUGUUUUCCCUUAUUCUAUUGAAAAAGAAUUGUUACCGUUGCAUCUGAAAAGGAUAGUGCACUUCACCAAGUUCUGGUGCCCUGCGGUCUCCAUUCAGUGGCGUGCACAUGUGAGGCUAUGCGUAGGCCUCACUGAAAUGCCAUGGGACAAUUUGCUUAAUUGAGUUUCUGAACCUUACAGAUACGGCGUUUCCAGAAUUUCUCUUAUUUAUUAUGUAUUUUUAAAUUUCAUUUUCUUUCUGUUCAAAGGCACUGCAUUCAGUGCCGUUUUUAAUGGAUGAAUUAGCAACUCUCACAAUUGGUUUCCUUCUUGAAUAUAAAUUAUCUAGUAAUUGGACUGUGUAAAAAGAGAGAGAGAGAUAAAAGACAUUACUAUUCUCCUAGACAAAUUAUUUUCAUUUUUUUAGGAUAAGACUUUCCCUUUUGUUAAGGAAUACAUAUGUGUAUCUGUCAAUAUAAAUAGGGGAGACGAGUUUGUUAAAAUACAUUUUCCCCAUUGUGUUUAUUCACAUCUAAUAUGCUGUGCUAAAAGCGCUUUCUUUUUUUUGUCUGAAUGAACUUGUGAACAGUUAUCUUUUGGUAUAUCUUUUAUUAAAACUGCACUGUAUAGUUUAGCUGUGGUAAGCCAGUAGUUACAAAUUUGAGUAACUUGAUAUGUCCUAAAUGUUGUUGUGAUAUUGAAAAGCAUUGUCGUUCCAAACUAAUGAUGCACCAAUAAAAUUUUGUAUUUAUGAAUGACAUUGGAGCUGCAUCUCUUAUUAGAAUGCCAAACAUCAGAUGUUGGCCAAAAAAGGAAAUUCUAGUCUGGGAAGAAAAACAUUUUGAAUUAGCUUUCUAGUUUGUAAAAGCAGGAUCAGUUAAUAGACUGUAGCAAAGCUUUUUAAUAACUCAUAGGUCAUCAAAGUGGAUCCACUGACUUUGAAACCCUAAAUGGCUAUCUUAUUUUCCGGUGCCUGAGUCCCUGUUUUGUGUAUUAAGGCUUCCCCUCCCCUUACCAAUGGUGUGUUCCAGCAACUUUCCUAGAAUUUGUCUUCAGGCUCCUGGAAAGAAUUAAGAAUGUUAAAGAAUUGUUUGCAGUUUAAGUAAAUUAAAGUUCUCCCUGAUUUUGGUCUUGUGUUAGGAAUACCUCUUUGGGUCAUUCAGUUUUAACUAAUAAAAGAUGGACAAUUCAAAUUUAUUCCUAUUUCCACUACCACAAUGUGCCUAUACAAGUGUUGUUCUUCACACAAAUAUUGUGUGGCUUACUUUAGUACUGACUUGAUGAAGUUUGCCAUUUUUGUAGCACUUGUAGUAAAGCUCUGGGCAAUAACAGAGAAAAGGAACUUGUGAAUGAUAAAUUUAAACUUGACAAACGUUUAGGUGACUUUCUGUAUUUUAAAAACUGUGUUUUGCCUUCCAUUCUUGAAUAAAAAUGUAAGAAAACUGGCCUAAAUAAAUGUUAUAUAUUACAAGGA